CAGGGAUUUCACAAUGAACAGGUAUCUUCGAGCGCUUCUCCCCCUACUUCUGAGUAGUGGAACCGCCCAUGCUACUCUGGACUGCGACUGGGAUGCUGUAAACUCCCUCCUACCACCAAAUGUCAGCCUCUCUUUUGUGACCGCGAUGCCCGAGGACGGCACCUUCACAGUGCCCCGAGGGGAUACGGGCUGGCCAACCGACCCGAUCGAUCUCCCCAAUCUCUGCGCCAUUGGUGCCACCGUGUUGGGAGACACAGCCAACGCUGGCUUUGGCCUCGGUCUUUUCCUUCCCUCCCAAUGGAAUGGUCGUACGCUGAACAUUGGAAAUGGAGGCUUGGCAGGAGGAGUGAAUUGGGUGGACAUGGUACGGAAAUCACCCAGCACAGAAUCCCAGCCCGGCACCGGGGUCAAUUGGGGGUGGCGGGCCUUGCACGAGACGGUGAUAUACGGCAAGCAGAUCACCAAGGCCUUCUACGGGACCAGGCCCUCCACUGGUGGCCGCCAAGGGUUCAAAGAGGCGGAAGCAUUCCCGAGGGAUUUUGACGGAAUUAUCGCAGGCGCGCCUGCGUGGUGGACGCAAAUAUGGCAGUUCUGGGUGGGAUACGUGAACUACAUUUCGAACAUCACCAUGAUUCCCACGAGCAAAUUUGAUGUCAUCGGCAGGGAAGUGCUGCGGCAGUGUGAUGGCCAGGACGGUCUCGUUGAUACGAUCAUCUCCGACCCUCUUGGAUGCAACUUCAACCCCGAAACGCUGCUAUGCUCCUCAGCCGUGACCGAUCCCACCGAUGCGGAAUGUCUGACGGCCGCGCAGCUGCAGACGUUCGACACCCUCAGUCGAGAUUUCCGGGCCACAAACUCGACCCUGGUCUUCCCGGCCUGGCUUCGCGGCUCGGAGCACUUCUGGACUCUGAACAUCGACGGCGGGGGCGCCGAACAUCAUCGGACUCGGAUACAUCCAAUACAUGCUGGGGAUGUGAUCCAACUCUCCGAGCGGCUCGAUCCCGGGCAGGCCGAUGCGGCGGCCUACAAUCUGAGUGCCUUCUCCCACGGGGGAGGCAAGCUGCUCCAUUAUCAUGGCAUGAGCGAUGGUGGCAUCGCCACGGGGGCCAGUUACUACCUCUACGAGCAGAUCGAUCGCACUCCCACCCCUCAGGGUGUACACGUGGAUAACUUCUAUCGCUUCUUUCCUAUCCCUGGGAUGGGAUCAGCCGCCGAUUACGUGAACGCUCCGUACUACAUCACCGGGAUCAGUAUGACAACCAACGGGAAGUACUCAGUGCCGAACUUCCACGAUGCGAAGCAUGACGUCCUGCUGGCGCUGAUGGAAUGGGUCGAGAAUGGCACGGCGCUGGACGCGGUCAUCGGGACCGCCUACGCCAAUUUUACCACAAUGGAUGCCAUCACGCGCCAACGGCCUAUUUGUGCCCAUCCCAAGCUGGCCCAGUAUCAGGGACGCGGGGAUCCCGACCGUCCGGAGAACUGGAGGUGCCAGGCACUGGGUUCCUAG